GGCGCGCAAGCGGGAGACCUAGGGCGGCGGGGGGCUUGCACGGGUGCAGCCGCAGCGGAACUGAGAGGGGACUCGGCGCAGGGUAGGGCGCUAGCAAUGAUGGCUGCGGCGGAGGCAGUGCACCACAUCCAUCUGCAAAACUUUUCUCGCUCCUUGCUUGAGACCCUAAACGGACAGCGACUGGGCGGUCACUUCUGUGACGUGACCGUGCGCAUCCGCGAAGCCUCGUUGCGCGCACACCGAUGUGUACUGGCGGCCGGCUCGCCCUUUUUCCAGGACAAGCUGCUGCUCGGCCACUCGGAGAUCCGCGUGCCGCCAGUGGUUCCUGCGCAGACGGUGCGCCAGCUCGUGGAGUUCCUUUACAGCGGCUCUUUGGUGGUGGCGCAGGGCGAAGCGCUGCAGGUGCUCACGGCUGCAUCAGUGCUGCGCAUCCAGACGGUCAUUGACGAAUGCACGCAGAUCAUUGCACGUGGGCGUGCCUCUGCCCCAGGCGCCCCGGUGCCUGCACCCCUCCCUGCACCAGUGCCGCCGCCACUCGCACCCGCGCAGCUGCGCCAUCGCCUGCGCCACCUCCUGGCCGCGCGCCCCCCUGGCCACUCCGGCGCCGCACACAGCCGCAAGCAGCGCCAGCCCGCGCGCCUGCAGCUGCCUGCGCCCCCGGUGCCCGCCAAGGCCCAGGCGUCUGACACUGACCUGGCGUUCCCUGCGCCCCCUGAUGACGGUGGCGAAGAUGACGAGGAUGAAACCGACGAUGAGACCGAUGGCGAGGAUGGAGAAGGGGGCGGCAGUGGUCCUGGUGAAGGCCAGGCGCCUCCUGCCUUUCCUGACUGUGCUGCAGGUUUUCUCAACACCACCGCAGACAGUGCACAAGAGCACCCCCCUGCGCCUGCCGGCCUUCCUGACUACAGUGGUGUGGGGAGGGAAUUCCUCCGGGGAGCUGCAGCAGCCGAGGACGUGUUUCCUGACAGCUACGUCUCUGCCUGGCAAGACGAGGACGGUACCACUGCCGAGGCCUGUCCUGCCGAGACAUCUGCCCCUGCCCCUGCCCCGCCCGACUGCAUCCUGGCCGGCUCCCGCCCGCCGGGUGUGAAGACCACCGGGCCACCCGGCUCACUCUUCCCCUUUCGCCUGGGUGCUCCCGGGCCACCGACACCCGCGCCCCCACCCCCUUUCUACCAGGCGCUCCAGUCUGACGCGGCUCCAAGUGCUGCUACCCAGUUAGGGGAGACGCCAGCCCCGCCUACCGCUCCUGCUGCGGCCCCAUCGGGCACCGCGGCGCGCUCCUCGGCCGCAGAGACGCCCGCCUAUGAGUGCACCCACUGUCGCAAAACGUUCAGCUCUCGGAAAAACUACACCAAGCACAUGUUCAUCCACUCGGGGGAAAAGCCGCACCAGUGCGCCGUGUGCUGGCGAUCCUUCUCGCUGCGCGACUACCUGCUCAAGCACAUGGUCACGCACACGGGAGUGCGAGCCUUCCAGUGCACCGUCUGCGCUAAGCGCUUCACGCAGAAGAGCUCGCUCAACGUGCACAUGCGCACGCACCGCCCUGAACGUGCGCCCUGCCCUGCCUGCGGCAAGGUCUUCUCGCACCGGGCACUGCUCGAGCGCCACCUGGCCGCACACCCAGCUCCCUGA